AUGCGAAACUUCCGGGACCCGUCUUCCGGCAACAUUUUGGGUGCGCCAUGGCGCUGUUUUUUUUUUUUUUGUGUGUGGUGGCGGGUGUGUGUCCUGGAGGUGGCGCCCAAGGCCGCCGCCCAUGACACGGGGUUCGGGACGCCCCAAAACGGCACCCCCCUCACAACGACCUGGGCACCCUUGGGCUUCCAACUAACGCUAUAUAAGUAUCAGUUUCUGUACUUUAUUGGGAUGCGAAACUUCCGGGACCCGUCUUCCGGCAACAUUUUGGGUGCGCCAUGGCGCUGUUUUUUUUUUUUUUGUGUGUGGUGGCGGGUGUGUGUCCUGGAGGUGGCGCCCAAGGCCGCCGCCCAUGACACGGGGUUCGGGACGCCCCAAAACGGCACCCCCCUCACAACGACCUGGGCACCCUUGGGCUUCCAACUAACGCUAUAUAAGUAUCAGUUUCUGUACUUUAUUGGUAUGCGAAACUUCCGGGACCCGUCUUCCGGCAACAUUUUGGGUGCGCCAUGGCGCUGUUUUUUUUUUUUUGUGUGUGGUGGCGGGUGUGUGUCCUGGAGGUGGCGCCCAAGGCCGCCGCCCAUGACACGGGGUUCGGGACGCCCCAAAACGGCACCCCCCUCACAACGACCUGGGCACCCUUGGGCUUCCAACACGCUAUAUAAGUAUCAGUUUCUGUACUUUAUUGGUAUGCGAAACUUCCGGGACCCGUCUUCCGGCAACAUUUUGGGUGCGCCAUGGCGCUGUUUUUUUUUUUUUGUGUGUGGUGGCGGGUGUGUGUCCUGGAGGUGGCGCCCAAGGCCGCCGCCCAUGACACGGGGUUCGGGACGCCCCAAAACGGCACCCCCCUCACAACGACCUGGGCACCCUUGGGCUUCCAACCGCUAUAUAAGUAUCAGUUUCUGUACUUUAUUGGUAUGCGAAACUUCCGGGACCCGUCUUCCGGCAACAUUUUGGGUGCGCCAUGGCGCUGUUUUUUUUUUUUUGGGGGGGGGGGCGGGGGGGUGUCCCGGAAGGUGGCGCCCAAGGCCCCCCCCCAAGAAAAGGGGGUCGGGAAGCCCCAAAAAGGCACCCCCCCCACAAAGAACUGGGGCACCCUUGGGCUUCCAACUAACGCUAAAAAAGUAUCAGUUUCUGUACUUUAUUGGUAUGCGAAACUUCCGGGACCCGUCUUCCGGCAACAUUUUGGGUGCGCCAUGGCGCUGUUUUUUUUUUUUUUGUGUGUGGUGGCGGGUGUGUGUCCUGGAGGUGGCGCCCAAGGCCGCCGCCCAUGACACGGGGUUCGGGACGCCCCAAAACGGCACCCCCCUCACAACGACCUGGGCACCCUUGGGCUUCCAACUAACGCUAUAUAAGUAUCAGUUUCUGUACUUUAUUGGUAUGCGAAACUUCCGGGACCCGUCUUCCGGCAACAUUUUGGGUGCGCCAUGGCGCUGUUUUUUUUUUUUUUGUGUGUGGUGGCGGGUGUGUGUCCUGGAGGUGGCGCCCAAGGCCGCCGCCCAUGACACGGGGUUCGGGACGCCCCAAAACGGCACCCCCCUCACAACGACCUGGGCACCCUUGGGCUUCCAACUAACGCUAUAUAAGUAUCAGUUUCUGUACUUUAUUGGUAUGCGAAACUUCCGGGACCCGUCUUCCGGCAACAUUUUGGGGGCGCCAUGGCGCUGUUUUUUUUUUUUUUGUGUGUGGUGGCGGGUGUGUGUCCUGGAGGUGGCGCCCAAGGCCGCCGCCCAUGACACGGGGUUCGGGACGCCCCAAAACGGCACCCCCCUCACAACGACCUGGGCACCCUUGGGCUUCCAACUAACGCUAUAUAAGUAUCAGUUUCUGUACUUUAUUGGUAUGCGAAACUUCCGGGACCCGUCUUCCGGCAACAUUUUGGGUGCGCCAUGGCGCUGUUUUUUUUUUUUUUGUGUGUGGUGGCGGGUGUGUGUCCUGGAGGUGGCGCCCAAGGCCGCCGCCCAUGACACGGGGUUCGGGACGCCCCAAAACGGCACCCCCCUCACAACGACCUGGGCACCCUUGGGCUUCCAACUAACGCUAUAUAAGUAUCAGUUUCUGUACUUUAUUGGUAUGCGAAACUUCCGGGACCCGUCUUCCGGCAACAUUUUGGGUGCGCCAUGGCGCUGUUUUUUUUUUUUUUGUGUGUGGUGGCGGGUGUGUGUCCUGGAGGUGGCGCCCAAGGCCGCCGCCCAUGACACGGGGUUCGGGACGCCCCAAAACGGCACCCCCCUCACAACGACCUGGGCACCCUUGGGCUUCCAACUAACGCUAUAUGUAUCAGUUUCUGUACUUUAUUGGUAUGCGAAACUUCCGGGACCCGUCUUCCGGCAACAUUUUGGGUGCGCCAUGGCGCUGUUUUUUUUUUUUUGUGUGUGGUGGCGGGUGUGUGUCCUGGAGGUGGCGCCCAAGGCCGCCGCCCAUGACACGGGGUUCGGGACGCCCCAAAACGGCACCCCCCUCACAACGACCUGGGCACCCUUGGGCUUCCAACUAACGCUAUAUAAGUAUCAGUUUCUGUACUUUAUUGGUAUGCGAAACUUCCGGGACCCGUCUUCCGGCAACAUUUUGGGUGCGCCAUGGCGCUGUUUUUUUUUUUUUUGUGUGUGGUGGCGGGUGUGUGUCCUGGAGGUGGCGCCCAAGGCCGCCGCCCAUGACACGGGGUUCGGGACGCCUCAAAACGGCACCCCCCUCACAACGACCUGGGCACCCUUGGGCUUCCAACUAACGCUAUAUAAGUAUCAGUUUCUGUACUUUAUUGGUAUGCGAAACUUCCGGGACCCGUCUUCCGGCAACAUUUUGGGUGCGCCAUGGCGCUGUUUUUUUUUUUUUUGUGUGUGGUGGCGGGUGUGUGUCCUGGAGGUGGCGCCCAAGGCCGCCGCCCAUGACACGGGGUUCGGGACGCCCCAAAACGGCACCCCCCUCACAACGACCUGGGCACCCUUGGGCUUCCAACUAACGCUAUAUAAGUAUCAGUUUCUGUGCUUCAUUGUCGCUUUCCCGCUCCGUUUUUGCGCUUUUUUGCGUGCAAACAAUGUACCCAUCCGCUUGCAGAGGACAAUCCGGCAGGAGGACCUCUAUCCCAGUUCCUGCGGGCACCCCCCCUCCUUACCAAGAAAAGUGGCGGGAAGGAACCCGCGCGACCGAAACACGUGGACAGCGAAGCCGUGCUGA